AUGGCCGGCGAUAGCAGUCCAAACCACCAAACCGGUUCAGUUGCCGGGGGCACCAGUGCUACCCCUACUCCAGCCAACAAUGUUGGUGGUGAAGGUGGAUGGGGUAAUCACCUCUGGAUGGGAGGCAAGGAGCAGGGACUUGGCCAUAUGGAUGCACCCACUGGCAAAUCAACGAUGGGCGAAUUUCUUGGUCUGAGAGACCAGAAGACGAGAGCCGAGAACAAGUACUUCGAACGUGCAGAGAUGGCUGAGAAUGAUAUGUAUUCCAUGAAUGCCACUGGGGACCCAACUUGUGCAAGUGAAGAUCACUCUUUCAUGGGCCAUAAACCGGGUGGCUCUGCUACUCUCCCUGGGUGGAAUAAGAUGAAAGAGUUUGCUGGGGGAUCUACCUAA